UAGGAUUGAAGAUCUCUCAGUUAAGUCCAAAGCAAAGGAUGAUUUCUUGGAACUUCCAAAAAUUUAAAACCAUGAAACAUCUAUUACUGCUACUUCUGUGUGCUUUUAUAGUUCAGGCCGGAUAUCUUGACUAUGAUGAGGUAGACGAUAACAGAGCUAAGUUACCUUUGGAUGCCCGCGGUCAUCGGCCCUAUGACAAGAGGAGGGAAGAGGCCCCCAGCCUGAGACCUGUGCCCCCUCCCAUCAGCGGAGGUGGCUAUCGGCCUCGUCCCGUCACAGAAACUGCGCGCCAGAAGAAAGUGGAGAGAAAGCCCCCUGAUGCUGAUGGCUGCCUGCACGCGGACCCAGACCUGGGUGUGUUGUGUCCUACAGGAUGUCAGUUGCAAGAUACUUUGGUAAAACAGGAACGACCAAUCCGAAAGAGUGUAGAAGAUUUACAUAAUAAUGUGGAGUCUGUUUCCCAGACCUCUUCUUCCACCUUUGAAUAUAUAACUCAGCUAAAAAACAUAUGGAAACAAAGGCAGAAUCAAGUAAAAGAUAAUGAAAAUGUAGUAAACGAGUACUCCUCACAUCUGGAAAAGCACCAGUUAUAUAUACAUGAGACUGUGAACAGUAAUAUCCCAACUAAGCUUCGUGUGCUCCGUUCAAUUCUGGAAGAUUUGAGAAGCAAAAUACAAAAAUUAGAAUCGGAUGUCUCAACUCAGAUGGAAUACUGCCGCACCCCAUGUACUGUGACUUGCAAUAUUCCUGUGGUGUCUGGCAAAGAAUGUGAGGAAAUCAUCAGGAAUGGAGGUGAAACAUCUGAAAUGUACCUCAUUCAGCCUGAGGAUUCUAGCAAACCAUAUAGAGUAUAUUGUGAUAUGAAAACAGAAAAAGGAGGAUGGACAGUAAUUCAGAACCGUCAAGAUGGUAGUGUUGACUUUGGCAGGAAAUGGAAUCCAUAUAAACAAGGAUUUGGAAAUAUUGCAACCAAUGCAGAAGGGAAAAAAUACUGUGGUAUACCAGGUGAGUAUUGGCUUGGAAAUGACAAAAUUAGCCAGCUUACCAAUAUGGGACCCACAAAGCUUUUGAUUGAAAUGGAGGACUGGAAAGGCGAUAAGGUGAUGGCAAUCUAUGAAGGAUUUACUGUACAGAAUGAGGCCAACAAAUAUCAGCUCUCAGUGAGCAAAUACAGAGGAACAGCCGGCAAUGCCCUCAUAGAAGGGGCUUCUCAACUGGUUGGAGAAAACCGGACCAUGACCAUCCACAACAGCAUGUUCUUCAGCACGUACGACAGAGACAACGACGGCUGGAAAACUACAGAUCCCACAAAGCAGUGUUCUAAAGAGGAUGGUGGUGGAUGGUGGUAUAACCGAUGUCACGCAGCCAAUCCCAAUGGCAGAUACUACUGGGGUGGAGCGUACACCUGGGACAUGGCAAAGCACGGCACAGACGAUGGAGUGGUGUGGAUGAACUGGCAGGGCUCCUGGUACUCGAUGAAGAAGAUGUCCAUGAAGAUCAGGCCUUACUUCCCAGAGCAAUAGUACCCCCCACACAGAUUCUUCCACAUGUAAUAACAUUUUUGUAUAUCAUGUUAUCAGAAUUUUUUUUUCAUACCUUAUAUCUCUCUAAAGCUAUCAAAAUGUCGUUGGUGUGAGUUUUCAGAAAAAGUUUUUAGGACAAAUGACAUUAAAAACAGCACAUGGUUUUCUUUCAUAUUUGUCAUUUCCAUUGUAUACAAAGAAGUAACUAAAAGGAUAAUUGUGGGCAGUCAGUGUUCAUAAUUUCCAUUCCAGUGGAUUGUGAGAAAUUUCAAAUUAGAAAGAGAAAUUGAGGUGAAGUAAAAUCAUGUGUUUAAAAUUCACUUUGAACCUCUCUUUAUUUAUGUAAGAUCUGUCACAGAAAACUCAAAAAGAUUUAUUCAUUAAACCAGUUUAUGUUACAAUAAA